CAGCACCUCUCAACUCACGACCGCCCAUCUCCUCCGUCGUCCUCGCGUUCUAUACCACCAACUGUCGCCUUUUUCGCCACCAGCGCGCACAUUGCAUCCCUCGCCAUGGACAGGCUAAACCGCAUGCUCGCCGCCGCCCAGGGCAUGAGAGAAGGCGGCCCAGCUCAAGAUACCAACCUCAUCGACAACUCCGAGACCGUCUACAUAUCCUCGCUCGCGCUCCUGAAGAUGCUGCGGCACGGCCGUGCCGGUGUGCCCAUGGAAGUCAUGGGACUGAUGCUGGGCGAGUUUGUGGACGACUACACGGUACGGGUAGUAGACGUAUUCGCGAUGCCGCAGAGUGGAACGGGAGUCAGCGUUGAGGCGGUAGACCCCGUAUUCCAGACGAAGAUGAUGGACAUGCUGCGGCAAACGGGACGGCCGGAGACGGUGGUGGGAUGGUACCACUCGCAUCCUGGCUUCGGGUGCUGGUUGUCGAGCGUCGAUAUCAACACACAGCAGUCGUUCGAGCAGCUGACGCCGCGCGCCGUCGCCGUCGUCGUCGACCCCAUCCAGUCCGUCAAGGGCAAGGUCGUUAUCGACGCUUUCCGCCUCAUCAACCCCCAGACUCUCAUGAUGGGCCACGAGCCCCGCCAGACCACCUCCAACUUGGGCCACCUCAACAAGCCCUCCAUCCAGGCGCUCAUCCACGGCCUCAACCGCCACUACUACAGCAUAGGCAUCAACUACAGGAAGACGGGCCUGGAGGAGAACAUGUUGAUGAACCUGCACAAGCACGUCUGGACUGAGGCGCUCGAGAUGACCGACUUCAAGCACGAGGGCGAGCGGAAUAACGAGAAGCUGAAGAAGCUCGUCAGCCUGGCAGAGGGCUACGAGAAGCGAGUGAAGGAGGAGACGGAGCUGACCAAGGAGCAGCUGAAGACGCGAUACGUCGGCAAGGUCGACCCGAAGAAGCACAUCGAGGACGUCGGCCAGCAGCUUAUCGAAGACAACAUCGUCUCGGUCUCGCGGCAGAUGAUCGACAAGGAGGCAUGCCUGCCCAAAGCCAAGGAGGCCGGCGAGGCAGACGGCGCCAUGGAGGUCGACGACGAGCUAUGAUUUAUUCAUGCAUGAUUCCUCAGCAGCUUCUUCUGGUUCGCGUGUAAUGUACAGGCAGGCGGUGGGCAGGCGGGCAGGCGGAUUGGCCCGCGAAGAAAGGUUCAGCGUGCGUGCACCAGGAUAGACAGACGUCUUAGCACGGAAUGAAUGAAAUGGAUGACUUGGUGGCUACUUAGGAGCUGCCUCUAUGUCAAGUAUAACGGCAGGGAAAGAGGCCAGACAGGCAGAGAGUAGCCAGUCGGCGGUCUCUAGACAGAGCUUUGGCAGUUUAAUCUACUCGUUGACC